AUGGAUAAAAUCAUCUUAGAUUUACCAUAUUUAUCGAAUUUGACUCAUUUAACUUUCGAACAAUGUUAUUUUGCAUCACAAAAUACUUUAGAAAAAACCUUCACUUAUGGAAAUUCAAUUUGGAGUUUACCACAACUUAUUUAUCUUUGUUUUAAAGUGAAUUAUAAAUAUCGACAAUCACAUCAUAUUGUUGAUAAAUAUCGUCGAGAUAAUGGUAUUUGUAUUCGUACAUCAGUGACUUCUUCUACAUUGAAAUGUUUGUCAAUCAUCGGUGUGACAUCCUGCUCUGUAGAUUUGAUAGAGUUACACAAACAUACACCACAUCUUCGACGUCUUUCAAUUGAUGAAUACACAGUUACACAGAUCCCUUCCCAUGCAAUCAUGCCGCAACUAACCACAUUGAUAAUAUCAUUCUGUUUAAAUUAUACAUGGCAUCGUCCUUUCCCGGAGCUGUUAAGAAAUUUACCUAAUUUAAUUUAUUUGAAAUUAGAUUACGACUAUGAAUAUCCACCUAUGGAUGGAGGAGGUUGGGAACGACUUAUCCGUAAUCAUUUACCAAAACUUCAACGAUUAGAAUUUAGAAUGUUGCAAUCUAUGUCUGAUUCUGAAUACUCAUCAGAAGAGGAACAAAUUGAUAGAAUAUUAAACUCUUAUCGAAGUGAUUUUUGGCUUGUUGAACAUUCCUGGUUUGUUCAAUUCGAUUGGAUUCCAGGCAAGUAUUACGGAUAUUUGUAUACUCUACCGUAUGCUUUCGAUAAAUUCCAAAUAUUGGCAGCGACUCGUUCAAAGUCAACCUCUCCAUUGAAUCCCAAUGAACAUUCAUAU